AUGGAUUCGUUUACAUUGGAGUGAGUUUAUCAAUGUUUUGUAAAGUUUCGACUAAAAUCAAGGUUUCUACAAGUUGUGAAGACAAUGACUUCGUUUUGCUAAAAAACCAAAGUUUCAGCAAUUUGAGUCGGAUCAGUCGAAUGAAAAGGUACUACAUGGACGAGAACAACAUGAACAACACCGAGUUGGACCCGUGUUUAGCAGCAAAAGUUCGUCUGAAGCAUCCCAGUGAUUGCAGGUAUGUAACAUAAUAUACUUCUCGUUAUAAGUCUAGUUUUAGCUUCUGGAACUUUGCCAAAUUUUGCACAGCAUUGACAGUGGCAUUGCUGAUUGUGAUCUUAUUGAUCGUUUUGUUGUUUGCUUUGUCCGGGUCAUCUCCUGAGACAUCUACGACGACUAGUACCACUACAACAACGCGGAUGCCGUUCAACAAUAUUGUGCUUCGGCCUGGUAUGGAUGCAGUUGAAAUACGUGGGGAAGCUUACAUUGUACGGAUUUAUUUUGUUUUUGUGGUAAUAUAGCUUGGGGUUUGUGGUUGGUUUCAUACGUAAUAAUGUUAUGUUAGGUCUAAUAUUGGCUGAUUUGUUGAAAACUUUGUAUUUUUCGAUAGGGAAUGAAAGAAAAUUGAAGUUUUUUAAAGUUCUUAGUUAAAGUAGAAGUUUCUACACAAAAUAAAAGAUAGUGUAACAAUAUAUAAAGUUAUAUACUUCUUGAAAUAACGUUUAGUCAAGUGUAACGUAAUAUUGCUUAUAUGACGUUUUUAACGAAUAUUUUUAGCCAAGAAAAGAUUUGACAACCUCAACUACCAGGAUGCCUUUUACACCACGAACAAGAACGAUCGUUUAUACUGAACGUUACAACUUUCGCAUUGGAUUCACUGAACCUACCACAACAUCUACUACAACUUCGACCACAACAACCACUUCUACCACGACAAUUACGACCACUACAACAACUCAGGCAACUACUGUUGCGACUACGACGAAGGCUGCGGAUGUUUUUGAGGUGAGGGCUUUGCUGAGGAAGGGGAUUCAUAUUGUUUGAGGGGAAAAACAUGGGUCUGGUUUGAUAUUGAGCAAGUUAAUUUUAAUAAAAAUUGAUGGAAAAUACAUUUUAGAUAAUAUUUUUGAAAAGUUGUUGUAUUUUACAUCUAUUUUUUCUUAAACUAUUAAUUUUACAUCAAUCUUUGACCUAAAAUAUUAAAUUUUAUCAUUUACAGACCUGCGAGACCUACAUGAACCGCGGACUUCACACUUCAGCUGUCUACAAUCUGAACAUUUCUCCAAUUGGCAAGUUCCAAGCAAAAUGCGAGUUCAACCAAGCUGACAGAGAUGCAUGGAUGGUGUUCCAAGAACGCAAUGUUAUCGACGACAGUUUUGUGAAGAGGUCAUUCGACGAAUACGGUAAUGGAUUUGGCGAUCCGAAGGGCAAUCAUUGGUUGGGAUUGGAGAAGCUUCACGCUAUUCUUCAGCACGACCGCAAAUUGAUCAUGAGAGUUGAGAUAGAGGUGGAGAAGUGCAACAAGUCGAAUAGUGUUACUGAGGGAGCGGAUUUGUUUUUGAUUGGAGAUUUUGAAUUUAAUGUAAGUUGGCAUUAGUAGUUAUCUUUAAUUUAAGGUUCUUUUACAAGUUUGAUUGAAAGGCAACUUGUUUUUGAAUAUUUCUUUUGUAAAUAUUGUAGUAAGUAGUUGGUUUUAGUCAUAACUUUUUUCAAAUGCUAACUAGCUGCUUUAAAUUUUCUGCGGUUAUACACCGUAGAUUGGAUCAAUUAAUAAAAUUUAAAAAACUUUAAAAUUUAUGGUUUUAGUAAAGUUACAGUAAUAUUACAGUACUUACUUUUGAAUGUGUUGUUCUCCUAUUUAAAAAUGUAACUAAAAUUAAAUGUUUUGGCAUUUUCAGAUCUCGGACAAAGAAACCUUUUACAAAUUGGACUCUACAUACAUUAGCGGAAACUUUACCACCCCAUUUGAUAGUUUGGUCGAUAAUAAUGGUCAACCGUUUGCGACGUCUGAUAUCCAACAUGACAGUCCUGUUGAUUGUGCCACUCGCUACAUGUUGGGGUAUAUUUCUUAUCUGUUGUUGAUUAAGGUUUUUAUGGGGAAGAGUUUGCAAUAAUAUUGGUCAUGGGUUUAGAAAAUUUGUAAUCGAGUUUAAAAUUUGGAGACUUUGGACUGAGUUAUAUUUUUUAAAAUUUAUUUGUUUUAAAAAACUAUUUUAUGUCGUUAUGUUGUAAAUUAGGUAUAAAUUAGUUUUUGAAACAAUAUAUCAAUUUUUUUCUUUCAGAGGCUGGUGGCUUGGCAAAGGCGCCCAAUGCUCAUGGUUAGCUUUGAACGGUGAUUGGAACCCUUCAUAUUGCGCUAUCUACAAGGGAGCUAACGUCCAUGAAUUGAGACAAAAUCCGGGCAGAGGAAAACGCAAGGACUUUUACCACCACCCAAAGAGCACCAAAAUGAUGGUCAAACUGGUUUGA